CCUGGCAGCAGCAUGAGGAGGCGGUACAGGGCCCAUGGCAGAGUGGCGGAGCGUAAGCAGCUAAAAUUGAAGGCCAUACAGAGGCCUAUGUUAAAAAGUCCCCCCAGCAGCAGCGUGGGGAGACGACUAUCAAGAGUCCAAUGGCAGAGUGGCGGAGCAGAAGCAGCUUCAAUUGAAGGCCAUACACAGGCCUAGGUUUAAAACAAGAGGAGGCGGUACAGGGGCCCAUGCAGAGUGGCGAAGCGUAAGCAGCUUAAAUUGAAGGCCAUACAGAGGCCUAUGUUAAAAAGUCCCCCCAGCAGCAGUGUGGGAGACGACUAUCAAGAGUCCAAUGGCAGAGUGGCGGAGCAGAAGCAG